CGUUGGGCCCUCAAAAUAUUCUUCUGGUAUCUUGGCAGACGUGUUUCCAAGGUCUGCAAGGCAAUUCAGAAGUGGUGGAGCAAACCUGCCAACAAGAAAGCCACCAGUGAAAGGUCACCUCUACUUCCGCAACAUGCUGAGCCUGGUUCCGCCGAAACUUCUGAAUCAGUCCAGGGCUAUCAAACAACCCAAGUCGAGGAGUAGUGGAUAUCAUGAGCCCACCUCCUUGACAACUGACAUCGUGCAUGCACCUUGCCCUAUUGCGCCUGGGAGUCCAACUCGUUGCGGGCAUGAGCCGGAUAUCAUACCGCGUGUCUCGUGUAGGCCAGGUCUGGCAAAACGAUCGUCGAAGGCUGCUCAUGACAGUGGGCUCCUUACAUGGGAUGACAAAUGUUUUAGCAUGAUAUCCUCCCGUGUCUCGCCGUCAUCAAGUCCACAAUAUCAUACUGAUUGCUUGUCCUCCCUCAACGCCGAUGCCCGCGAAUAUUACAUGCCAUCCGAAGCCUCUAAAGUCAAACAUUCUACAUCAGAUCGCUCACCAACAAAUCUUUUGCAACGAUUCGGGCCUAUACCCCUGGGAAAGCCCAGUGAACUAGAAGAGGAUACAUGUACAGCUUCCACUCCACCAUGCUCGCUGAAACAAACUCCCUGGAGUUGGCCGCCUUCACGAAAAUGUCCUCUAAAUUUGGUAGACCAUGAACCCGCGGAUUUUACCAUUGAUUCAGUCUUGGCCAACCUCGAAACCACUCGUUUAUUACGGAACCAUGGCGAAGACUUGGUUGAAUUAUCCGGAAAUACGGAAACAGACAGUGACAUUUUCGAGUUCUCCGAAUCUUCCUCGUGUGAUAUUCCGGAAAGUCUCCCUCUUUCAGAUCACCGCGGUUUUCAAACCCGAUCGUUCUUCGGAGAUAUGCCCAAUGACUCAACUGUUAAGCCGAGAGAACGCUCCCAUUUCAAGCUUGGGUCUGGCUAUGACGGACAGUCAAGUCCUAUCAGCAAUACUCCUGCCCCCUCUGCAUUUAGGUCUGCUGCACGUCCUGUGUCAGUGAUGACUCAUAGGGAUAGCAUCAGAGAUGCUAAUGGAGUGACUGGUUGGGAGACGAGCUGGAUUGGAUACAAACCCAGGCGGCCCCUCAAUGUCUCUGAAGUGACUGCUCCCGAUCCCACCGUAUACAAGCAUGCGAUUGAUUUAUUCUCAAUGACUGGGUUCGAAAGUGAUGAAAGUGGGGAGGACGAUUUCACAACAGGCUCGACCACCGGCGAUUAUCAUGCUGGAUUACGACACCAGUCCUGUCCCGAACUUCAUCGUAUGACUGAAAUGAUUGAAGACGAAGACAAACCUAAAGUGAUCACGAAGGAAACCGAUCGACAUCAUCAUGCAGUGCAUGAGAUGAACAUCCAACGACUCCAUUGCCUGAAAACAAAAUUCUAUCGAUCCUCCUCAAAUUACUCCGUUCGCUCUGAAUUUCCAGAUCCUCCACCUGGGACCGAACGUCGAUUGGUAUCACGGGAUUCUGCUGAUAUAUACCCUUCAUCCGGUGAGGAGAGUCCUCUUUCCUCUGCACCCAUACGCGAUAUAGCGACAGGGUCAGCAGCUUACCAAGCAAACUAUCUGUCAACAGGGAGAUCGACUGUCCUGUCCAAUGAACUCGAAUUCUCGGGUUUGCCUUUGUCAACCCCGGCAAGAGUCAGCCGCAUCGACUCGUUACGUCAAUCUUGUGUCCAUCCACCGGACAUGCCGAUCAUUUUAUCUUCACAUAGGUCACCGACAACACAUAGGGCCAGGAAGAGAUAUGCUACGCCUAGUUGCUUAUCCGAGGUCACAAUGCUGCAUAGUUCUGCAAAAUACAAAACGCCGCCGUAUCUUUACAGUUCAGUUCUUGGUGACAUGUGCGACGAGCCAGUGUUUGAAGACCAAGCGGAAGGUCUUAUAGCUAGCCUUCACCUCAGGCCUCUGGGUGUAAGUUGUUGGAGUGGCAUUGCAUCACACGAGCCUCAAUAUUGUUCGACAUAUGCAAAAUAAUGUCUAAAUUCUCUCCUACCAACGGAUGAGGCACAGCGGCGCUUGAGGUCUAGGCUAUCGUUAGGUUUGGAAGACGUCGUCAAUUUCGUGAUAGGUAACAAUGGAGUACCGCAACGAUCUUUGUCGCUUGGGGAAAAGGGCGAGAUUAUGCUGGUGAACAAGAACGCAGCUCAACUCCCGCUUGAUAACU